UGCAUAAUUAUAUAUGCAUAUUACAGCAAUUUUGUAUUCAUCAUUAGCUAUCAUGGUAUUCUGUCAUAUGUCAACCUGUAUUCUAGAUAAAAUUCUGCCAUUGAAUGAAACACGUUUGAAAAAAUUUCCCAUACUGACGGAAUAUUCAAUUUUUGAUGAAAAAUAUUUUUCAUUUACAGUCAUAUAUUUAUAUAUAUCAUUGCUGUUAAUAAUAACUAUAUUUGUGGCAACGGAAUCAUUAAUGAUUUUGUGGCUACAACAUGCUGCUAGCUUAUGUGAGAUUACAAGUUUUUUUGUACAAAAUGCUACUUUAAAGAGUUCUAAAGAUCAUUUUGAUAAUAAUAUAAAAAAGUAUAUAAUAAAAGCUGCAAUUACACAUAGAAGAGUAAUACAAUUUUUACAAGAUACUCGUGAUUAUAAUGCAAUAACAUAUUGCAUUCUCCUUAUAUUCGCUAUCAUAUCCUUGGGCAUUAAUUUGUUUUGUUUAUCACAAUCCAUUCUUGUGUUAACUAAAAUCGAAGAAACAAUUAUUAGUUUUAUGUGUAUUAUUUGUGAAUUGUCAUAUAUGUACUAUAUGAAUUAUAUGUGUCAACAAGUAUUGGAUUGUUCUAAUAAUCUUAACAUAACUAUAUUUCACACGAAUUGGUAUAAAAUGCCUGUUUCCAUCCAAAAAUUGAUUUUAAACAUUAUGUUAAAUUGCAAUAAACCACUCUUAUUUACUUUCUUCAAUGUUUACUAUCCAACAGUGGAAGGUUUUGCAUCGGUAUUUUUACAAUUAUUUUAUAGCUAAUACUUAUUGUCUUAAUAAUAUAUAUUUUAUCGACAUUUAUUUUU